AUGCGAGCCCGCAGAAACGGCCAAGGAGCUGCAAAAGUGGCCAAGGUUGACCUGGGCAGAGGACGCAGGUGCGAUGCAAACCCGCACUUGCGGCGGUUGCAGAAGUGGACCCAAGGGCGCAGGUGCGAGUUUGGACCGCAGAAGCGAGAUGGGUUCCGCACUUGCGGAAGCACAGAUACGGGAUGUGAACGAGAAGCAGCAGAUGCUACAAAUGGCGCCACUGAUGAAGGAAAGAAUGAGAGUAUUAUGAGGUUGUCAUGGGCGCUUGUCCAUUCCAAACAACCUGAAGAUGUGCAACGAGCGAUAGCUAUGCUUGAGGUUUCACUUGCCAGCUCAAAUAGUCCACUACAAAAGCGAGAAAAGCUUUAUCUUCUAGCUGUUGGAUAUUACAGAAGUGGGGAAUAUUCAAGGAGCAAAGAGCUUACAUGUCACUGUUUGGAGAUUGCGCCUGAUUGGAGACAGUCGUUGUCGCUUAAGAAGGCUAUUGAAGAUAGAAUCACAAAGGCGUUGUUGCUUAAGAAGGCUAUUGAAGAUAGAAUCACAAAGGGUAAUGACAAGAGACUUCAUCACACAAUUAUGUCUCUACACAAGAACUUGGCUAAAUAA